AUGCCGCUCACAAGGAAACAAAUCGGUGAUGCGGAGGACAAACCCAUGACAAUGAGGCAAGUCACUGAUAAUGCUGUUUCAUGCCAUGGUUCCGAUAUUAGUUCUAAAUCUCACGCCAGAAUUGCUCGUUCCAUGUUGCUCAAAGCCCAAAUUAGAGAAAGACCGUUAGAGCAGGAAUUAGAGCUAGAAGUUAAGGACAUAGUGGUCCGUAGGCGACCUAAGCUGUUGCGGGCAAAAAGUGAAAUUGAGAUGGACAAGAUAGACAUGAUAGUGGAAGAGCAGCAAAGAAUCAAGGAGGAAGCAGAUCUGAAAAAAACGGUCGCAGAUCGACCGAGACAAAAGGCCCUGCGACCUGCCUAG